AUGACAAAUGUAACAUUAUCAAAUAGUUAUGUGAUCUAUUUAAGUUUAGUUCUUAAACAAUUGACUUUGAGUCUAAUCAUUCCAUUAAUUCUAGGCGUCGUAGGAAAUUUGUCAUCAUGCAUUGUAUUUCGUCAAAAACAAUUUCGUUCAAAUGGUAUGUCACUUUUAUUUACAGCUGCAUCGAUCUUUAAUAUUAUUGUACUUGUUUAUGGUAUUGGUACGAGUCUCUAUGCUCUCGAUCAUAUUAGUCCCGAUACAUAUUCAAUUAUUUUCUGUAAAAUACGUUUAUAUCUUCGACAUAUUUUCUUGAUGAUUGUUCGUAGUUAUAUAAUACUCGCUUGUAUUGCUGCUUUUGCACUAUCUUCUUCUAAAACAAAAUUUCGUUCAUUAUGUCAACCACGAUAUGUUAAAUGGUCAAUAUUUGGUGUACCUUUUGUUUGGCCAUUGAUUGCAUUACAUAUGCCAUUGUUUACAAUUAUUGAAAAUAAUCAAUGUAUUAAUAUUGAUUCUUAUAUAUUUCCAUUUGCAAUAUAUUUUUUUCUUAUUGUUGGUGUUAUUCCAGUGUUUCUCAUGACUUUAUUUAUUGUCUUAACAAUUAGAAAUUUACGUUUAUUACAUUAUCGUAUUCAAUCAUCUAUUGCUACUCCUGUAAAAUUCAAAUCACGUGAUCGACAAUUUAUACGAAUGCUUUCAGCACUUGUUCUAAUGUAUAUUUCAACCAAUCUUUUCUAUCCUACUAAUGUUCUAUACUCGGCAAUAACACAUUGGACUUAUAAAAGCCCCGAACGUAUCGCUAUCGAAUCGAUUAUUUCGUCUGUGACUACAGCUGCUGGUUUGAAAGAAUUAUAUAAGUCACAUACAUUUGUCUUUCAUCAUUGUCAAGUUAAAUCAACUGAUGUCAAAAUAAUAAAAUCGGGUUAUUAUCCACAAUGGAAUAUUACAGUAUUCCAUGAAAAUCAAACAAAAGAUGAUAAUCUUAUUGCAUUACAUGGGUCAUUUUUAAAAAGUCAAGCAUGGAAUAGAGCAAAUCAAUAUAAAAUCAAUGAAACAUAUCCAUGUUAUCAUGCAGAAAAUGAUAUAUCUAUUAUUAAUUGGGGUUGGCAAUGGGAUAAACCGUCGAGAUUCAAGGCAAAUAUUUGUUUAUUCACUGGAAUAACGUUAAUAUCGAUUGGUGCAAUGAUUAUUUUAUUGAAAAAACAUUAUCGACAAGAAAUUCAGCCAAGAAAUGUUUAA